AUGUCUGGAUACGCUCAGCAAGCUGUGGCGAAAAAGAAUGCCUCUGAGAAAAAAGGCCAGACAGCGGCCAAAGAGCGGCCCGAUCGUCGCCCAGAUCGGACGAAACCAAUGAAGUUUGACAACGAGAGUGGCAAAUGUGGGAACCCAGCAGAAGACAACUGGCGCCCAGGCAAACGAAUGAACAUCCAGGCCCAGGAUACCGGACGAAUACAGAACAAGACGAUCGUCUCAGUGGAAAGUCCGGAGUGGAUGAAGUCCUUCUUCGAGAACAACCGCUCGUACUUUGAGCAGAAAGGGAUAGCUCAGAAGCUGAAGAAGCCAGCUGGAGGAGACGAAAUUGCUGCCGGUAUUGGCAGCUCGGCCAGGACACAGGGCAAGAAGGUUGGAGCUGCGCUGCGAGAUGAUACGGGAGUAUCGCUGAGCCAAAACGUCUCAGCGCAGCUGGACAGCAUCGUUUGCGUCGAGAUGGUGAUGUUUCAUGUGAUUGAGCGCCGAUGUUUGGGAACAAGAGGCUCCAGGCUCAAGGUGACCCGAGUCGUUCACUUUCCUGGUUCCUCGGGCAAAGAGCCCCUCGGACGCUAUGGGGCAGUGUGGAGUGCCGGUACCCAUCCUGCCUCUCAGCUGUCGUACGAACAGGUUCCCGAGUGGAUGCAGACCGCCUCGGCCAUGGAGGCUGUGGAAGCGACGCCCCGACGAGCCCGUUCCGCAGAUGACUUGUCGAGGCCGGCCGGGGUGGACACCCAUCGGAUUUGGGACCAGUCCUUCCGCAACAAAGCCACCGGCAACAUUCAUCCAUCGACUGGCCGCAUAAACUACAGCAGCCUGCAAUCGCCCGACUUUCCUUUGGAUUCUGGGCUGGAGCACCGCCAAGCUUACGAGGAGAGAGCGAAGUCCGCGCCAAACUCUGCCCGCAAGGGCUACGAUAACGGCUACGUUGCGGCCGGGGGAGGGAAGGACAAAAAGAGCAAAAAGGGCACGGUGGUUGAUGGGGGCACUGGAAAGGUUGCCAACAACUCCAUUGUCUCCGUAGAGAGCCCACAGUGGAUGAAGCAGCCCUUCGAGAGCAAUCGAUCCUUUUUCGAGAAGCAAGGGGUGGCUGAGAAAUUGAAGGCCAUGUCGUAUGAGGAGCAUGAGGAAAACUUCGUCGCUGGUCGCAGGGUGCCAGUCAGACCUAAGCAGGUCUUCAAGCAAGUCAAGAACGAGGAGGGCAAGAUCCAGAACCUCAGCAUCGUUUCUGUUGGGGCUCCGCAGUGGAUGAAGUCGCCCUUCGAGUCGAAUCGCCCCUACUUCAUGUCUCAGGGCAUCGCUCAGCGCCGCCAGAAUGAGCCUGCAGAGCAAGUUUCCGCGAUGGAGUUGGACUUGCAAGAGGCACCUGAAGGCAGACGGCCAAGCUCGACUCCGCCGAAGUGCUCGAAGGCGCAGGGGCCCCCAUCACACUCCGCAGAGCGCGCGCAGCGCAGCCGGAAGUCUGGGUCAGAGGCGUCGGGAACCGCUUCAGCUUCGCGCAGGACCAGCAGUGCUGCCAGCACGACUUCCUACUCAGCCAGACAUUCGAGACUUUGGCAGCUAGAAUAUGACCCAGAAGCAGAUGCCCCGCCAAAAUUCCCUCAGCUCUGUCCAGCUGCAGAGUGCGCAGUCCUGCCAAACUUAUACCUGGACCAGGCGAUGAAGCUGCGGCUGCAGGGGGACGCUGGUGUGAACGUCGAUGAGGAAAUAUUCUUGCAAGACUCAGUGCCGGGUAUGCCCAUGCACUCCUAA